CGCGCCCCGCGGGUGAGGCCUGCCGCCGCCGGGCCUGCAGCCGUCGGGCUCGCGCCCCCGGAGAAGGCGGCCGGCAUGGACUGCGGGAACGGGGCUCGCGCCCGGCAACACGUGUUCCUGCUGCCAGAAUAUUUAAAAGAUGCUUCAAAGAAGAUGAAAAGUGGGCUUAUAUUUGUAAAAUUGGUUAACCCGUGUUCAGGGGAAGGAACCAUUUACUUGUUCAAUAUGUGUCAACAGCAGCUGUUUGAAAUAAAAGUUUUCAAGGAAAAACACCAUUCUUGGUUUAUAAAUCAGUCAGUCCAAUCAGGAGGUCUUCUCCACUUUGCCACACCCAUGGACCCUCUAUUUCUGCUUCUCCACUACCUCAGAAAGACUGGUAAAGAGGGAAAAUUCCAGCCCCUAAAUCAAGUUGUGGUGGAUGACAUGUUUCCAAAUUGCAUCUUGUUGCUGAAACUUCCUGAUCUUGAGAAGUUACUUCGACAUGUGACAGAGGAGAAAGAAAUAGACAAAAAGAAAUAUUACAAGUACAGCAAAGAGAAGACAAUAAAGUGGCUGGAAAAAAAGGUUCAUCAGACUGUAUCAGCCUUAAAAACCAAUAACAUAAAUGUCAGUGCCCGGGUACAGGCAAAUGCAUUUUUCUCUGGGGACCAGGUUUCCAGUGAAGAGGAUUAUAUUCGUUAUGCUCAUGGCCUGAUAUCUGAUUACAUCCCUAAAGAAUUAAGUGAUGACUUAGCGAAGUAUUUAAAGCUUCCAGAAACUUCAGCGUCGUUGCCAAACCCUCCAUCAAAGAUGUUCUCAAACUGCCACCCACAGCUCCUCGGCCCCAUGGGCCGCAGCUUGUUUUUGUCUCCCAGAUGCGGAGAGCAGAGAAGCCAGUGCCUCCAGCCCCCGCGCUCUUCCAUCGUUUGCAUUUAUCGCUGGCAGAGCUGAGUGCAGUCAGUGGACUGGAGAUACUCUGGAGUUCCUUCCUGCAGAUCAUCUGUAAGAAUAAGACCCAUCCUGGCAUUAAUUCCAGUGGUGCUCUGCUCUUGGCUCUUCUCUUGCCAGAACUGCGUCCAUUCAGUCGCAGCCUUUGUUACAGUCUUUCUGAGCCAUUUUCUGUUUCUUCUGAAAUAUUCCCCCCAGACCUGUAGUGAUUUGGUCUUUUUUUUUUUUUUUCUUUGAAAGUAGGCUCCGUGCCCAGCAUGAAACCCAACACAGAGCCCAACACGGGCUUUAAACACACAACCCUGAGACAGAGACCUGAGCUGACAUCAAGAGUCGGACUCUACACGCCCCUAUUUGGUCUUUUAAAUAAGAACAGUUCAAAUAAGUGUAACAAUUGUGAUUCUUUCAAACAUAAUCAGCAUGUGCUGUAACAUUAGAAAAAGUUCAGUGCAGAGGCUGAUCACAGUCAUCUUUUUUGUGACCACUGAUUACCAGUGUCCUGUUUGAUACUAUUCAAACACCUGAACAAGUCAUCAUCUCUGUAUAUGGGACACCUCUGUAUACUUACAAAGAAGCACUUUUCAUCUUUAGCUCUUGUCUUGAACAUUUUCCAUUUGACUUACCAGCAAAAAGUGACUAUGCCCAAGCAUUUAUAGUGACAUCUAUAGUAGAACAUUUUGCCACAGCGGAGCACAAACCAUCUUAUAACUUUAAGCUUUUUGCAGUUUGAGACAAUUAUAGCCUUCGUCGUUAUGACCUGUGAGUUCCACUCUCCUGGUUGAAGAUACUUUUCUAGUAAAAAUAUGCAUCACCUAAACGCCCAUUAUUGAUCUUAAUUUUUAAGUAGAAACAUAUUCUUAAGAAAGUUGCUUAUAUACCUACUUUGCUGGUAGUAGUUCAUUCGUGAUAAGCUAGUCUUUUUCUUUUGAAGAUUCAUUUGCUGGAGAUUGCUGUGUGACCAAGAGAAAGUGUUGCCAUAUGAUGUUCUAUAUUUCCAGGAGGUCCCCCCUAUUCUUUACAGUGAAGAAUUUCAAGACACAUUGUUUUAUCCCUUUGGGUUUUAGACAUCUGCCAUGGCAUGUUUUAAAACUAACUCCACAGCUCUUUGUUUGGCAAAUGCUGGGUUAUGAAGAGGGAGGCUGGGAAUAAAUCUGCAUUUCCUAGGGAAGAUCCACAUUGGGUCUUUCAACCCUGGUGUCUCCACAAAGAGCUUGAAGAUCUGCAGAAAUCCAAGUUGUGGUCACAUGCAGUCAGUUCUCUAUGUUAAACAUCAAGACUUACCUGCCCUGUUAUGGGCCUUUUACAUAGUAAAUGUGUCACAGUUCCUUCCAUAAUGUGAACAUUAAGGCCACAGUCUAGCUUUUGACAAGGCUAUCAUAUUCAUUGGUACAGAAUGCCCACGUGAAAGGUGAAAACAUAAGUAAAGGUGGACUUAGUUGUACUGGGCCUCAUGGAAAGAGCUCUUGUCCAGAAAUGGAGAUCUCACGCCUUGUCCUCUGCUAAGUGGGCUUAAGUCAUUUGUUUACUCUCUCUGUGCUUCCUUCUCCCACUGGCUGCUUGCCUUGCAGGGUUGUCCCUGUGUGGACAAAAUGAGAUAAUUGAAUUGAAAGGAGGUAAGAACAUGAAGCUAUACAAAAAUGGUAAUAACAGAAUAAUGUGCCUUAUUCCUAAAUGGACAUUACACCAGCCCAGAAGGUGAAUGAAGUGGUGUUUCUGGCUGGACUCCUGGCCCCCUUAGAGGGAAUUUUUAUCUUUGACUUAUGUGCCUGCCUUCACCCCUUUAGACUGUCUGUAAGUCAGCAGUCUCCUAAAUGCCUCCCAGUCCCGGUACAUACAAAAUAUGUGAUCAGUACCGCUAGACUGCCCAACGGGCUAGGUCAUGGACUCACCCUAGCGUAUCCCCCCACCCACCGACGCUGUUUCUCAGAAGGGAUAUGUGGCUUCUUUCCCCCAGAUAAUUGACAAAAUGCAGAGUAAGCCCUUUGCAGGGUCUACUACUGUUCCAUUUGGCCUUGAUGCGGGUCCAAAAGGACCCCACUGUUUUUUAAAAAAUGGAUUGACAUGUCAAGGUGACAUUUGACAUCACUUCACUGCUCUAACAUUGCAGAAAGUAAAGUUAUCUGAUGAGCCUGUAGAAGCAAAAGAAGAUUACACUAAGUUUAACAGGAAAGAUUUGAAGACUGAAAAG